AUUGUUGUUGUUUUUUCACACAAGGAAGCAAACCACGUGUUUCCGUCUCAAAGUUUAGGCAACAUGGCCAACCUGGAGCAGACUGAUGACGACCCGAAACUAAACGAACCCACCACAGACAAGUCAGCGGUGUUAAACCCAGCUCCGGUUCGUGAUGCUCUCGCGGUUCCGUGUCUGAUCCCGAGUUUCGUGGACGCGCGUAAACUCGUGCCCGCGCCUUACUCGUGCCUCGUGUUACACACACACCGCCGGCACGUGGCUCUGCCUCCCAUGUACAUGAACAAGAAGAGGACUGGGAUCCAGCAAGAACUGAACGCUGAGCUUUUAAAGUACUCCAACAGUUUGAAAGGUGUACCUAUGGCUUAUGAUGGCAUCAAAAUUAUAGGACAUUAUGGGGACAUUUUUGAUGACCAAGGCUACAUUCACUUAAACAUCGAGGCAUCGUUUGUGAUAUUCAAGCCAAAGAAACGAGAGACACUUGUGGGCGUGAUUAAUAAAAUCGGAGUGGGUCAUGUGGGCUGCCUGGUGCACGGCUGCUUUAACGCCAGUGUGGUGAGGCCGGCUCAGCUCACCCCUGAGCAGUGGAGAGACUCGGGCUUGAUGCUGGGUGGCAGCCUGAAGUUCGAGGUGUUUCAGCUGGACGCUGACGUGGCUGGAGUUCUGCUGAUCAGAGGAAGACUUGAAAAAUCCAGGGUGCAGGAGCUUAUUGACUCCCUCGACAGUACAGAAACAUGGCAGGAUGAGACGGUGGAAGAGGCUUCUGAACCAGAUCCGGUUGUUACUGAAGAACCCACUGAUGCUUCAAAGCCCAAGAAGACAAAAAAGAAAAAGGACAUAGAAAGGGACGAUCAGGAUGUAGAGGAUCUAAACAACAACCAGACAUCCGAGACCAUGACACAUGAUGUUAAUUGUAACGGCAUGGAUUCGGAUCCUGAUCCCAACAGACGUCCAACGAAGAAGAAGAAGGAAAAGAAGGAAAAGCUCGAUUCGGACGCCAAGCUGCCAUCUCCUGGUGCUGAGCUACCAGGUAGUGACUCAAGCGGAUACAUCAGUGAAAAAAGCAGCAGAAAGCGAAAAGCACAGGAGGAUUUACGUCUCCAGGAGGACUCUGACACUCUUCCAACUAAAAAGAAGAAAAAGAAGUGAUCCUUGCUGUUAUAGUGUGACUUUUUAUUCUUCCUGAAUGUGUAUUAUUAAUAAUAUGUAAUAAUGCAAUAAAGGACAGAUUAUGCUGCAAUAGGA